AUGGCUGCCACCUCAGUCGCCACGUCAUCGCUGCUCUGCCAACAAUCCGACGCGCUGAGCUGGUCGGGUCGCGUCAAUGCGGGGGGCGUCAGCGCGAGCGGAAGCGGGUUGAGGAAGGUCGCGUGCGUUGCGCAACCCGAGCGAGCAGCCCAAGCCGGACAUCGGCAGUCGCGCGCGACUCGCUGCGAAGCCACCCCCGCGGCGACCAGGCGGAACGUGCUGCUCGGCGCGGCGACCUCCGUGUCACUUGCGCUCGCCCCCGCUCCGCUCCUCGACUCCGCGCUCGCUCUCGCGGCGCCCAAGGGCUUUGCGGCGUAUCAGGACAGCGUCGACCGCUACCAGUUCUACUACCCCUUCGGCUGGCAGGAGGUGAGCGUGCGCGGGCAGGACGUGGUGUUCAAGGACGUCAUCGAGCCGCUGGAGAGCGUGGCGGUCAACAUCUUCCCCACGGAGCGCGCCUCGCUCGCCGAGAUCGGCCCCAUCGAGCAGGUGGCACAGACGCUGGUGGAGAAGGUGCUCACAGCGCCCUCACAGAAGACCAAGCUGCUUGACACACGCGUGAGGGAGCUGGACGGGCGCACGUACUACGACUUUGAGUUUGUGGCGCAGGCAUCCAGCUACACUCGCCACGCUCUCGGUACAAUCGCCAUUGCCAACGGCAAGUUCUACACGCUGACAACGGGGGCGAAUGAGCGCCGCUGGAGCAGGGUGGAUGAGAAGCUGCGCACAGUGGUGGCAUCUUUUGUCACUCUAUAG